UAAUCCAAUAAAAUGAUUCGUGCAUCAUUGUAGUUAGUAAUACUCGUAGGCAGUCUGUAUCUUUUUCGAUCGUAUAAAGUAUAAAAUAAAAUCGUAUUGAAAUGGCUAUUAAAGAUAUUAGGAAGAUACUUACGAUACUCGUGAUUUUUUUAAUCUACAUUGGAACAGUCCACAGUAUUCGAUGUUACCAAUGCACCAGCACGAACAACACACAUCCUUUCCAAUGCAACGAGUUCCUCACGAAUGACAUUGACAUAGAGCCAGAGUCUUGUGAUGCCAUUUUCGGAGCACAGUAUUGCGUGAAACAUGUUGGGAGAUUUGAGGCCCUGGAAUGUUACCAAUGUACAUCCGCGGAUGAAUGGCAAUGCUCAGAUGGUGAAUUAAUUAAAGAUUCUCUACAACCAAUAAACUGCAGCUACAUUUACAAAGCGCAUUAUUGCGUCAAGACCAUCGGACGAUACGGAGGUGGAGUCGGUACAAAAAGAUUUUGUUCAACUUCGCACUUGGGAAAUUAUUGCAACUAUGUGCUACAACCUGGAGAUAAACUAACGUAUCGAACGUGCAUCUACACUUGUAACAGCGAUGGAUGCAAUUCUAUAUCUUCUUUAAGGCCUACAGUCAGUGUUUCCAUUAUAUCAUUUCUUUUACUCACCCUAUUUUAUAGAUAGGGACUCAGCAUUGUUAACAAAAACAAUCAUAUUCAUAUAUCAUCAAAUUUUAUGAUAAUAUAUCAUUCAUAUUUUACUAUUUAAAAAAUGAGUAAAGUAUAGUUUACAUAUAUAAAUAUUCUGGUCGUAUUACCAAUAUUCCAUGCAUGGCAAUUGUUGUCUAAAGUAAAGUUUCUCUGAUGAUAUUUAUUUAUCAACAAACUUUAAUUAAAUAAUAUAUGCAUUUUGAUACUUUAUUUUUAAUAAAGGUAUAAUCUUAAACUUCUUUGGCAUAUUAUUUUAUUAUAACGAGUAAUACAACAAGUAUUAAGAACAUUUUAUUGUAGAGCAUACGUGACAUGUAUAUGUGUAUUUAUAUUUACUCUCUUUAUGUUAUUUAUCUGUCUUAUAUAAUGCACAAGUAAAAAAGUAGCAAGAUUAUAUGAAUACUAUAUUGUUUUUUA